AUCGGUCGUUAAAUCUGUCGAUAAUAAGGAUGCAAUGCAAAUGUGUGUGCGUGUGUGUGUGUGUGUGUGUGUAUGGUUGCCAUUGCGGUUUGUUCACGACGCUCGCGACGAUGCUUCUUGUCUCUGUGACGUGAUUACAAAAGGAAGGAUGGAGAAUGAAUUAAGAAUUGUGGUGAAAUGGAGCGGAAAAGAGUACGAUAUUCUCGAUAUUCAGGAGGAUGAUACUGUUUUUACCCUGAAGGAACGUAUACACAGAGAAACGGGCGUUCGACCUGAACGCCAGAAGCUGUUAAAUCUCAAAUUCAAAGGCAAAGCAGCGCAAGAUGAGGAUGUUAUCAGCAAACUGAAUUUGAAGCCUGGCUUCAAGUUGAUGUUGAUGGGCUCGCGCGAAGAGGAUAUUGCUGAGGCUAGUCAAGCUCCAGAAGAUGUACCUGAUGUAAUUAAUGAUCUAGAUAUAGAGGAGGAAGAAGUGGAAAUAGAGAAAGCUGAGAUAAAUCUACGUAAGAUCCAGUUUCGAAUCGAUCGCUAUGUGAUCACAGAGCUGAAUCCUCUCAGAGAGGGUAAGAAACUCCUUGUGUUGGAUAUAGACUACACUCUGUUUGAUCACAGAUCAGUAGCAGAGAGCGGAUAUCAACUGAUGCGUCCGUAUCUCCACGAAUUCUUGACACGUGCAUAUAAGAAUUACGACAUAGUCAUCUGGUCGGCAACCAGCAUGAGGUGGAUCAAUGAAAAGAUGAAAUUGUUAGGAGUUUCUAAACAUCCGGACUACAAGAUAGCUUUUUAUUUAGACGUUCUCGCUAUGAUCACCGUUCACACGCCGAAAUACGGCGUUGUGGGAGUGAAACCACUGGGCAUUAUUUGGGGAAAGUACAAGCAGUUUUCCGCGAAAAACACGAUAAUGUUCGACGACAUCAGGAGAAACUUCAUAAUGAAUCCGCAGUCGGGAUUGAGAAUAAAACCUUUCAAACAUGCUCACACCAGCAGAGUCAAAGACUUUGAGUUGUUGAAGCUGUCGAGAUAUUUAGAAUUGAUAGCCGAUGUCGAUGACUUUCAAACUCUUAAUCACAGAAAAUGGGAGGAAUAUAAGCCCAAGAAAAGUAACCAGAUAAGUAAUGAACAAACCAGCAAUGAAAAUGAAAAUAGUUAAAUACAUAUACAAGGCUUAUAUUUCUUCCUAAUACAUUGUUCUUGAUAAAAGUACAUAAAAGAGCUACUGAGAUCUCUUUUCGCUGCAGAGAGACUGUGCAAUGUUAUCUAAUGAUGUAUAUAACGAGAUAAAAACUAUAUAAAAGAGCGCAUUUGUCAGCUAUUUUAACAAGGUAUUGAGAAAUUUUAAAAAAUGAUUUAUCUAAUAUUCCAGGUGAGAGCAACGCGGUUGAAAACUAAUCGAUAGUUCAAAGAAAUUUUCUAGUUGUCUCCAAUUGAUAAUAAUAUAUUGAAAUUUAUGAAAAAAUAUACAUAUUUUCACAUGCCUUUGUAUUUGUGUGAUGUAUCUGUCGGUUGUAUUAUAUUUUAAACAUGCGUUUAUAAAUUAUGCAUAAUAAGAAUAAUCAAGUACAAGUACGUGAAUGUUACAUAUUAUAAAGCAUUGCAUACAUUCUUUGUGUGUGUGUGCGUGUACGUGCGCGCGCGUGUGUGUAAAAU